UAUUCAUGCGUCUGGAUCUUGGGCUGAUGAAACAGAAAAAGAUAUUGUUCGUCACCAGAACAAAUACCAACCAUCACAACUUGACGCCAUCCUAACUCAAAUCAAUAAUGUUUCUCAACAACUCGCCGAUAUCCAUAAUAAUCUCGCUUUUACUCUCACUAGAGUCAAAAUUGUAUCUUCGACAUCUAAGACUCCUAUAAAAAAUGUCUCCUUUCAAUAUGAUCAUAUGUCGACUGAUGAUUGGUCAGCUUUUUCUCAUAAAUCUGAUACUCUUUUUACCUCUUGUCAACUGGUCACCUUGGAUAAGCAUAAAUUAAAGUCCAAACAAGCGUUGAAUUUCUAUUGGGAUUUGAUCUAA